AAAACAUUCCUUUUGAAGACAAAAUUGCAGCAAUUAAAGUAGAUUUUCUGUGGCAUCCAGAAGUUAAUGGUUCUAUGAAACAGUGUAUCAAAAUGUGGACUGAGGAUUCUGUUGCAAAGCCCCAUGUGAUUGUAGCAGGAGCUGCCACAUGGUCUAUCAAGAUUCACAAUGGUAGCAGUGAAGCGCUUUCACAAUAUAAAAUGAACAUUACCUCUAUAGCACCACUUUUAGAAAAAUUGGCAAAGACAAGUGAUGUUUAUUGGGUCUUACAAGAUCCAGUUUAUGAAGAUCUAUUAAGUGAAAAUAGGAAAAUGAUCACUAAUGAGAAGAUAGAUGCCUACAAUGAAGCUGCAGUCAGUAUUUUGAAUAGUAGCAUCAGAAAUUCUAAAUCAAAUGUUAAGAUGUUCAGUGUUUCCAAAUUAAUUGCUCAAGAAACCAUCAUGGAAUCUUUGGAUGGCUUACAUCUUCCUGAAUCAAGUAGAGAAACUAGUGCAAUGAUUCUCAUGAACGUGUAUUGCAAUAAGAUUUUGAAGCCUGUAGAUGGUUCCUGUUGUCAGCCUCGGCCUCCCCUGACUCUCAUACAAAAACUAGCUGCUUGUUUUUUCACUUUAUCUAUUAUUGGAUAUUUAAUUUUUUAUAUAAUACAUCGUAAUGCUCAUCGGAAGACUAAGCCGUGUACUGAUUUGGAAAGUGGCGAGGAAAAGAAAAAUAUUAUCAAUACCCCUGUGUCUCCAUUAGAAGUACUUUUGCAGUCGUUCUGCAAACUUGGCCUGAUUAUGGCUUAUUUCUAUAUGUGUGACCGUGCAAACUUAUUUAUGAAGGAAAACAAAUUUUAUACACAUUCAACUUUCUUUAUUCCAAUUAUCUACAUCUUGGUUUUGGGAGUGUUUUACAAUGAAAAUACAAAAGAGACUAAAGUACUAAAUAGAGAACAGACAGAUGAGUGGAAAGGCUGGAUGCAACUUGUGAUUUUGAUUUAUCAUAUCUCUGGAGCAAGUACAUUUUUGCCUGUAUACAUGCAUGUUCGGGUUCUGGUUGCUGCGUAUCUGUUUCAGACAGGGUAUGGGCAUUUCUCAUACUUUUGGAUCAAAGGAGACUUUGGAAUCCAUAGAGUAUGUCAGGUCUUAUUUCGUCUCAAUUUCCUGGUAGUGGUAUUAUGUAUAGUCAUGGAUCGGCCUUAUCAGUUCUAUUACUUUGUUCCUCUGGUCACUGUAUGGUUCAUGGUCAUAUAUGUUACUUUAGCACUUUGGCCACAAAUAAUCCAAAAAAAAGCAAACGGAAAUUGUUUCUGGCAUUUUGGCUUACUGUUGAAACUAGCCUUCUUGCUGUUAUGUAUAUGUUUUUUGGCAUAUUCUCAGGGUGCAUUUGAGAAGAUCUUUUCUCUUUGGCCACUGUCCAAGUGUUUUGAACUAAAAGGAAAUGUAUAUGAAUGGUGGUUCAGAUGGAGGUUAGACCGUUACGUAGUCUUUCAUGGAAUGCUAUUUGCUUUCAUUUAUCUGGCUUUACAGAAGCGUCAAGUACUUUCUGAAGGAAAGGGUGAACCUCUUUUUUCAAACAAAAUUUCAAAUUUUUUAUUGUUUAUUUCAGUAGUUUCUUUCUUGACUUACUCCAUCUGGGCUAGCAGUUGUAAAAACAAAGCAGAGUGCAAUGAACUCCACCCAUCUGUUUCUGUGGUACAGAUAUUAGCCUUCAUCCUAAUAAGGAAUAUCCCUGGAUAUGCCCGUUCAGUUUACAGUUCAUUUUUUGCUUGGUUUGGAAAAAUUUCCUUAGAGCUGUUUAUUUGCCAAUAUCACAUAUGGCUGGCAGCGGACACAAGGGGUAUCCUGGUGCUCAUACCUGGAAACCCUAUGCUCAACAUCAUUGUCAGCUCAUUCAUAUUUGUUUGUGUGGCACAUGAAAUUUCUCAGAUCACAAAUGAUCUUGCACAGAUUAUUAUUCCUAAGGAUAACUCAUCUCUGUUGAAAAGGUUAGCAUGUGUAGCUGCAUUUUUUUGUGGACUCCUCAUCUUAUCAUCAAUUCAAGACAAAUCAAGACAUUAGAUUCCUAACAUCCAAAAAACACUAAGCUCUUCAGGCUAACUUUCGGGGUGCCUAGAGGAGGAAAGCAUCUAUCUGGAUCUAUAAAUGUAUAUGUAAAUAUAAACUUGAGUGGCAAGAGGACAGUUCAGUGACAUCUGUGGAAAAGUGGUUGUUUUAUAUUGCAAAUACACGUAUCUGGUGUGAAAUGCUAAAAAAAAUUGAUGCAGAGUGCAUUGUACAGGAUUGCAUGUGAAAAGAGUUUUCUACUGGAUCUGUAUUUCAAUUUAUAAAAUGAUUUUUUUGUUAACUUGUGAUGGCAGGUAAAGAAUUACCUUGCCAGUAAAAAAUACAGAUAAUUUAGUUUAGUGACACCACUGAGUGUUUUGAUAUUUACUAAACUUGUGGUAAUAAGAUUGUCUACACCUAUAUUCAUCACAGAACUUCCUACUUCAUUGAAAACAUUUUCUUACUCAAGAAUGACUGCAGUAUUGUUUUCUUACCAAUGUGCAAUGAUACGGAACGAUAAACAGUAUGCCUUUAAUUUAUAUAUAUUCAUGUUCUGAUGUUCUGUGUUUCCCAAUCUGAUUUUUCUUCCCAACUGUGGUUUUCAGAUACACAAAUUAAAUCAUGUAUGCUUUUUCUCACAGUUGUUCUAGGCUCCAUGACAGGGUUCUGUCAUUGUUUUGUUGUUUCUUUUUAUAAAAAGGCCAAAUUUUCUUCCCAACUCGAGUAUUCACCUUGUUCCUUUUCCUUAAGUUAUAUCGGUAUAUUCUGUUUGCCCUGUGGAUCCAUUUGAUAUUUCCCCCCAACUAAUUAAUUUUUGUAUAUUAUUUCCAAUGUUUGGAAAACUCUUUAUAACCAUUUUGGUAUUUCCUAUUACUCCCUCCUACUUUUGAAAAAAAAAUAUUUAUCAAUCUGUAAACUUGUGCAGUGUAGUAAAGAUUCAAACUGUUAUGAUUGAAAUGGUGACCAUAGAUAGAAUUUUAAGUAAACUGGUGAUUUUGGGUAAUGUUUUAUUUUCAUUUUGUUUUGUUACAGGCUAACUGUUAGAAGUAUAAAUUUAUUUAUCUGUUGUACAGAUUUGAUUAUGACUUUUAAUGUUUGAAAGAUUGCACUUGUUUGCUUUUACUGUGUGUGGGGUAAAAUAUAUUUUCUGUUCAUGGUAUAUAAAGAUAUGGAGUAAUUUAAACAGUAAAUAAACAUUCUGUGGAUGCUUAUUUUUGUAUUGGCAAAGUAUCAAUUAAA